AUGCCUCCUGGGACCCGUAGAGAAGAGGUCCAGGACUACUCGAGGCAGUGCGCAGGCAUUCCGUGGGACGAGGUGCACAUCCGCUCGGGUGACGGUACAAAGCUGGUACUUGCCGUUGCCUUUCCUCCCUGCCUGCCCGAUGCGGCCACACCAGAGAAGCACAUAUAUGUGCUUUAUAUGCAAGGGAAUGCAGCCUCGACCCCGCCGCGCCUCCCAACGCUCUCAGCGGUGCUCCAAUGUGUUCGAAACGCGUCCGGAGAGCAAACACUGGUCACGAUGGUCGCUGUUGGCUAUCGGGGCUUUUGGAAAUCACAAGGCCGCGCAUCGGAGAGGGGUAUCAACGACGACAUCGUAGCGGCCGUACGAUGGGUUGUGGACCUUCAUACCAAGAACCAUGGUACCACCAAGGGAAGACCAGUUGUCAUUCUUUGGGGACAAAGCAUCGGCGCUGGGUUCGCUACCAAUUUGGCUGCUAGGCUGAUAACAAGCACAGGGAGGGAAAAUAAAGCCAAGGUUGACUCGCUCAUCCUCGAGACGCCAUUCACAUCCAUACGAGCCAUGCUUGAAGCAAUAUACCCGCAAAAAUGGUUGCCUUAUCGUCAUCUCUGGCCAUUUUUGCGUACUCACCUUGACAGCUGGGCGAACAUGGAAAAAGUCGCCACGCGCAGGAGCACGCAAGUUCAAAUGGUGGUGGCCGAAAAGGAUGAAUUAGUCCCGCGCCAACACGCUGAGGCAUUGCGACAGCGUUGUGAAAACCUUGGUAUCUCAGUCAAGUACCACGUUGUGCCGGGGGCUUACCACAACGAAGCAAGCUACCGAAGCGAUGGUCGGCGAGCGAUAGUGAAUUUUUUAUUGGAACAGUCAAAGAGAAACUGA